AUGUCGCUCCAAAUCCAAACGAUACAGGGAUCCGGAAAGGUGCCUCUGGAUCUUUCUCUCGAAAUCAGCCGCAAAGAGAUACUAGAAGUACUUGAACACGACGGAUGGGUUAUUAUUGAAAAUGCUACGGAUAUCAACUCAAGUGAACGAGCCAAACUUAACAAGCUACAAUUCUUCAAUCAGCGAGAGACGGCAAAUUUGAGCCUAGCCGACCACGUCACUGGCCGUACCCUUCUUUAA